GCCGAGGGAGCGGGCAGGGCCGGUGCCGGCAGUGUCAUGGCGGCGCCGCUGCGGGACCGGCUGAGUUUCCUGAGCCGGCUGCCGGUGUUGCUGCGGGGCACGGCCGACGACGACACCCCGUGCCCCGGGUACCUGUUCGAGGAGAUCGCCAAGAUCUCCCACGAGUCCCCCGGCAGCAGCCAGUGUCUGCUGGAGCAUCUCCUCACACGGCUGCAGAGCAGCUCCUGCCACGUCAAGUUGAAGGCAGGUGCUGAAGAUCCUGCUGCACACCUGCUCGCAGGGCUCGCCCCAGUUUGUGCUGCAGCUGAAGAGGAACGCCAGCUUCAUCCGGGAGGCUGCAGUGUUCUCCGGGCCCCCAGACCCCCUCCACGGCAACAGCUUGAACCAGAAGGUGCGGGCGGCCGCACAGGACCUGGCCAGCAUUCUGUUCUCGGAUGCGCCGCUGCCGCAGCCCCUGGCGCUGCCCGCCCGGCCCCCGGCCCCCGCCGGGAUGGGCUCCAGCCCCAGCCCCUGUGGCUCCCUGCAGGGAUUCGGCUUCAGCAGUGACAAGAGCGGGUCCGCUUCCACAGGAGAGGCCCUGCUGAGCAGCCUUCAGCGGGCGGCCGAGGCCGUGGCCCAGGCCGUGCUCCCGGCACCGGGGGGGCCCCGGCAGCUCCGUGGGGACCUCCCCGAGGACACCUACGAGCCCGUCCGAGCUCCA